UUCUUUUCUUUCCUCAAGAAUAUCCACAGGCACUUUGAAUUUCAACAAUCAUUAAAACACACACACACACACAGAGAGAUCAUGGAUACUAGACAGAGCAGUAUCAGUGUCUUGAUGCUACCAUGGCUAGCCCAUGGCCACAUAUCUCCCUUCCUUGAGCUAGCAAAAAGACUCACAGACAGAAACUUCCACAUAUACUUUUGUUCAACGCCUAUCAAUCUCAGCUCCAUCAAGAAAAGGCUUCCUGAAAAGUACUCUCACUUGAUACAACUAGUAGAACUCCAUCUUCCAUCCAUGCCUGAACUCCCUCCUCACCACCACACAACCAAUGGCCUCCCAAUCCAUCUCAUGCACACCCUCAAAAACGCCUUGGACAUGGCAAGCCCCGCCUUCUCCAACAUCCUUCAGACCCUGAACCCGGACUUGGUCAUAUAUGACUACAAUCAACAAUGGGCACCAACCAUCUCUUCGUCGCUUGAUAUUCCUGCCGUUCAGUUCCAAACUACCGGAGCAGUGAUGGUUUCUUUCGCCUUUCACAUGCUCGAUAAACGAGGAGAAAACUACCCAUUUCCAGCAAUUACUUUUAGGAACUUCGAGAGCCUAAAGCCUCGCCAAUCCUCUGAGUCCUCCGAAAAUCAUUCCAAAGAAAGAGAUCGAUUCCUUGAAGCCACCAAACGAUCUUGUAACAUUAUUCUGACCAAGACUUUUACAGAGAUUGAAGGAAAAUAUAUUGAAUAUCUCUCCAAAUUAACCGGGAAGAAGAUGGUCCCCGUCGGUCCACUUGUUGAAGAACCUGUCAACGAAAACGAGCAUACAGAGAUCAUCCAGUGGCUUGACAUGAAAGAAGAGCCUUCUGCUGUGUUUGUUUCAUUUGGCAGUGAGUGUUUUCUGUCCAAGGAGGAGAUGGAAGAGGUAGCUCAAGGGCUAGAGCUCAGCAAGGUUAAUUUCAUAUGGGUUGUUAGGUUUCCUGUGGGAGAGAAAAUUAGGGUUGAAGAGGCACUACCUAAGGGGUUCCUUGAGAGGGUAGGGGAGAGAGGAAUGGUUAUAGAGGGAUGGGCCCCGCAGUCGAAAAUUCUGCAACAUUCAAGCACCGGUGGCUUUGUGAGUCACUGUGGAUGGGGUUCUGUAAUGGAAAGCAUGAAGUAUGGUGUUCCAAUCAUAGGCAUGCCCAUGCAUAUUGACCAACCUCUGAAUUCUAGACUAAUGGAAGAGGUUGGUGUUGGUGUGGAGGUCACGAGAGACAACAAUGGGAGAUUCAAGAGAGAAGAGAUAGCACAAGUGAUAAGAAAGGUGGUGGUGGAGGAAAAUGGGAAGGAUGUAAGGAUAAAAGCAAGAGAAUUAAGUAAGAGACUAAAAUUGAAAGGAGAGGAGGAGAUAGAUAAGGUGGUGGAGGAAUUGGUGCAACUUUGCAAGGAGUGGAAGAAGUAACAAUGAGUAACUCUCAUAGGAAUUGGUAAUUGUUCCAUGUGAUUUCAAAGAACAACUAAUUUUUCUUCCCAAUUUGUUGUUGUUAUUAUUAUUAUUAUGUUUUGGGGAAGAAAAUAAAUAAUGGCAAAUUUUAUCUUCUUGAUAAAUGAAGUCAUUUGAUUGAAGUGGAAUUAUUUGUCUAGUUAAAUAAAGGGGUUAUUUGGCAUGGAAUUUAAUUCAUGUGGUUAGUUGAAGAA